ACACUGAUAUUUCUUCUCAUUCAUCCUUAUAUAGAUUAAAAACAAAAAAAAAUAAAAACUCAUGAUCACCAUUCAAAGGUGGAAGAAGGUAAGGAGACACAGCUUCAUUUCUUUGUCCUCUGCAACAUGUCUAAAGCAAAUGUAAGAAGACAAUUAGUACUUCUGGAGAAGAACAAGGUUCCCAAGGAGAAGAGUACUACUAGUGCUUUCAGCUCCCACUUUUCUUAUAAACACCUAAAGAGAAUCUACCCAAUUGGGCUUCACAAGAGUUCUUCAUCUUCCUCUCUAUCUCUAUCAUCCUUAUCCUUGUCUUUGUCAGAAAACUCCAUUGACUCUUCUUCUAUCAUUGAUUCUACUUCUCCACUCGAUCAGAAGAUUUCAUCAGCACUCCGCCUCAUUGCACCACCGCCCCAAAGAAGAGAGUCUCCGGUGCCUAAAGUUGUCCAACAGCAGAAUCAGAGCUUCCAGGAUACUGAUAAUGGGGAGUUGAGGAGGUGCAAUUGGAUAACAAAGAAUAGCGAUAAAGUUUAUGUUGCAUUUCAUGAUGAAUGCUGGGGAGUUCCAGUAUAUGAUGACAAUCAAUUGUUUGAGCUGCUUGCACUGUCUGGUAUGUUGAUGGACCACAAUUGGACUGAAAUUGUGAAAAGAAGGGAGCUAUUCAGGGAAGCCUUUUCUGGAUUUGAUCCAAACACAGUUGCCAAAAUGGGGGAGGAGGAGAUUGAAGAGAGAGCUUCCAACAAAGCUUUAAUGUUGCCAGACUGCAAAGUCAGGUGCAUUGUAGACAAUGCCAAAUGCAUAUUGAAGAUUGUGAGGGAAUGUGGAUCUUUCAGUAGCUAUAUGUGGGGUUCUGUGAAUCACAAACCAGUCAUCAACAGGUUCAGACACCCGAGGAAUGUUCCUCUGAGGAGCCCGAAAGCAGAAGCCAUGAGCAAGGAUUUGAUAAAGCGGGGAUUUCGAUACGUUGGACCAGUCAUUGUGUACUCAUUCAUGCAGGCUGCUGGGUUGACCAUCGAUCAUCUUGUGGAUUGCUAUAGGUAUAGUGAGUGUGUAAGCCUUGCAGAAAGACCUUGGAGACAUAUCUAGCUAGCUACUCAUUCUCCUGUCUUAACUUGAUAAGUUAAUAACUUAUGGCACGUUUACUUACUUGGAAUGGAAAAUAAUCAUGAAUCGGAGACAAGUGGAAUGAGAGAAGAAAGGAAUCGGUAUUGAUUCCGGAGGAAUGAUUCCUAAACCCAUCUCCCCCCUUCGUAAUCGAAUUCCUGAGCAUUCAGGAAUCGAUUCCUGAUAAAUAGGUGGGACCUACACCAAUUCUCAUUCCUUCAUGUGUUAGUAAACACAGGAAUUCUUUUACCUGAAAUCAUUCCGAUUCCUUUAUGUGUUAGUAAACACAGGGGUAUUUUUACUCCGUAAUCAUUCCAUUACAUUCCAUUCCAUUCUAAGUAAGUAAACGUGCCCUUAAUUCUAUGUAUUGUCUGCCACUUCUGUAGAAAUCAAUAACUUAAUGAUUUAUAAGUUCUUAAUUAUAUAUGUAUGAAAUUGUAUAGCUAGGGAGCUAGCCUAGGAUCCAAGUUGGAUUCUAGAGCUCAUCAUUUUUCCAUUUUUGUGUUUAUGUAUAAUGUACCAAGUGAGUUGAAAUAUUUAAUGAGAAAAUGAAUCGAAAUUGCUAUCUUUA